AUUCGAUAUUAUGGAUUCUAAUAUCGCUCAUCGUCCCGGUGUUCUCAAACAUCCGAACAAAUCUCACAAAACUGGCCGACAUCGGAGCAAGGGUUCCAUCUCGGAAGUGACGAAAGGUAAAGCUAAUGUUAAAACUAUCACUAAAAAAGAGAAAGGGCAUCUGAAUAAACACGAGAAGAGGAACAAAUUAAAACAAUUAAGAAAUCAGAAGCGUGAGGAAAUUUUGGAGCAAAAAAGAAAUCGUGGCACGCACAACACGCCUCCCUUUCUUGUGACCGUACUUCCAACCUGCAAGCCACACAUCAAUGAAGCAGACGUGUUGGCGAGGCUCUUCGAAGGUUGCGAUGACGUUCUUGUCACCGCCUCUCACAGGAGUUGUCAUGUCAGUUGUCAGAGGUUCAAGCAGAGGUACGAGUUCAUCUUUCCCACCUCCCUCAUCGACUACAUGGAUGCCACAAAAGUGUCUGACUGCUUGAUGCUGCUCGUGCCUGUCGGCCAACAAAACGGCGGCAGUGCAGCUGACGACGACAUGGCGGUCGACGGAGAAGACGGUGGCGAGGAUGGUUGUGGCAGGUUUGUGGAUUCAUCGGCCGAGAAGAUAUUGGCAUGCCUCUUCAACCAGGGACUCUGCAGUGUGACUCUCUGCUGCUCGGGAUUGAAACAAUUGCCGGUAAAGAAGCAGGCAGAUAAGAAGAAGGAUAUUAUCAAAUCUUUAUCAUCUAGGUUUCCAGACGAGAAACUUCUCACAUUGGAUACUGCGCAGGAUGCUAUCAUGAUGCUGAACCACAUUGGAUCUCAGAAGAUGAACAGAAUGUCCUACAGAGACUUGCGGGCCCACGUGUUUGCCUCCCACGUUGCUUACGUCCAGCCUGACAGUGAGGUGAGUACUGCAUGGGUAGGGUAUGGGGCAGGAGAUUAUUGUACACUGCAAAUAUCUGGGUACGUCAGAGGUUCGCGCCUUUCACCCAACCAACUACUGCACCUCCCUGGCUUUGGGAAUUUCCAGAUAUCCAUGAUCGAAGAAUUGUUAGAUCCUCAUCCUCUUAUCCAUAAAAAUAAGCAGGUGACGCUGGCAGAUGGAGACACAUUGAAGGCCACUCACAGACCUGAUCCAGCGGAGCAGGAGUCUUUGGAAUGUGAAAUUGAACCGGAUGAAAUGCAGAAUGAACAAACAUUUCCUACAGAGGAGGAACUAAAAGAAGCUGAAAUGAAUUUUCAAAAGAAAAAAGUGAAAAAGUUAAUGGUGCCGAAAGGACUUUCAGAUUACCAAGCUUCGUGGUUUGAACAAACGAAUGAAGACGAAGAAGACAGUGAUGGUGAUGAGGACGACGACGACGAUGAUGAUGAUGAUGGUGAGAGGAAGGAGUUUAACGACCUCGUUCGCCAGAGAGAUGAAAUUAGUAUGAAGGUGCCUUCUGUGAAGGAUGAUGGGGAUGCUUAUGAUAACAAUUUUGAUGAAGAUGAGGAAAAACGACUCCUGGAGAAGCACAAGGAAGCACGCAUGGAGCGGAUGUUUCCAGAUGAGAUCGACACACCACAGGACCAGCCAGCCAGAGUCAGAUUUCAAAAGUACAUAGGCCUGGAGAGCAUGAACAACUCGCAGUGGGAUCGCAGUGAAAAUCUUCCCAACGAGUAUGCAAGAAUCACUCGGUUAAACAACUUCAAGGCCGUGAGGAAGAUGCUGGUCAACGAGAUCCUCAAAAAGGAUGACAACGAACAGGAAGAGAAAAAGGUGAAGCCUGGUGCAUACGUUACAAUUCACAUUGCUGAGGUGCCUUCCAGUAUUCUUGAGUUGGUGAAUUCAAGCCGCCCAGUGGUCACUUUUGCCUUGCUGCCGUUCGAACAAAAACUUUCUGUUCUGCACUUUUUAAUUCGUCGUUGUCCUGGGGACAAGGAGCCAAUCAGAUCAAAAGAUCCAAUGGUCCUUCACGUUGGAUGCCACAGGUUCAAAUGCAGGCCCAUCUAUUCAAAACAUACAACUGCAUUUAACCACAAGUUUGAAAAAUUUUUCUACCCCGACACAACGUUGGUGGCCAGCGUGUAUGCACCCAUCAUCAUCAGCCCGGCCAACGUGCUCAUGUUCAAGGAUGGGGAUGCUGACGACAAUAAGCUGGUGGGAACGGGUACGUUGCUAUCCGUGAACCCAGACAGGAUCAUCGUAAAGAGGAUAAUUCUGAGUGGCCAUCCAUUUAAAAUAAAUAGAUCAUCAACUGUCGUCAGAUACAUGUUCUUUAACAGGGAGGACAUAUUGUGGUACAAACCAGUAAAUCUUAAAACAAAACGUGGAGCGUUGGGCUACAUCGUUGAGCCAUUAGGGACCCAUGGACACAUGAAAUGCAAAUUUUUUGAUAAAGUCAAAUCUCAUGACGUUGUCUUAAUGAAACUUUACAAAAGAGUUUAUCCAAAGUGGAAUGACUUCAAACAACUUUACAAUUAAUUUUUUUUAGAUAAAAUUGUUUUCAAUAAAAUUUCAAAU